AUGAGUUCUAUCUGUCCAACAUGCACUAAAAGAGUUUAUGCAGCUGAAGCUGUUAAAGCAUGUGAAAAACAAUAUCAUAAAUUAUGUCUUCAAUGUUUCCAUUGUCAUAAAAUCCUUCAAUUAGGUCAAUACUCUGAACGUGAUGGUCAACCAUAUUGCAAAACUGAUUAUGAUAGAUUAUUUAGACAAGCAGGUUACAGAGGUGGUGGUGUUGUUGCAGACAGUUUUGAACCAGCACCAAAAGUUGAAACUACAACUCCAGUCGAACCAACCCCACCUCCAACUUUUUUAACACCAACUGAAGAAGUUAAAGUUCAAUUAUUCCCAACCAAUUGUCCAAAAUGUGGUAAGAAAGCAUACUUUAAUGAACUUAAAGUUUAUAACUCUCGUGAUUGGCAUAAGACUUGUUUCGCUUGUUUCUCAUGUAAUAAAAACUUAGUAAGUGGUCAAUACAGUGAAAAAGAAGGUUUAAUUUAUUGUCCAAGAUGUUAUCAAUCUAAAUUUGGUCCAAGUGGUUACACCAAUACUGGUGCAUUAGUUUUACAUUAA